AUGGAGCCAUCAUCACGGCAGCUGUGGGAGCACUGUGGGUGGGGCAGGAUGCUGGGGUGGGGUGGGUGGAGCCAGGGCUACUUCCUUUCCCCCUGGGGCCCAUCUGCCCAGUCCUGUUCCCGCUUCAGGAGGAGUUGGAGCUGGCCUGGCCCCAACCUUAUGCCCUCACCGUGUGAGCUGCUUACCCACCGUCAGUUCCCCCUCCUGCCCACGCCUGCUGCCAUGAGGGUGACCCUGUUUCUCCUCCUCCUUGGGGGCAUCUGGACUCAAGAGGUGAUUCCACAGCCUCAGGACAUCACAGCCACUUCAGAGAAGCCUGUACCGGGAGGGUCCUCUGUUUUUCUGGCCUCAACUUUCUCUGAGGCCGAGAACCUCGACUUAGCAACCCCCAACCCUGUGACAACAAAGGUCCCUGAGGAGGGCAACAGCACCAUGCACGAGGUCUCCCCACCUUCCUCAGACCUCCGUACAACCAAUGAGGUGUCCUUUCCUGAGGCUUCCACUGCUGCCACCAGGGACCCCAUCCCGGAGUCAACAAGCCUGGAAAUUAAUGCGACCGGUAACCCUGCUGAAACACCAGGAAACUCUCUGGCACUCCACGUUGUGACUGAUGGAACCGUGACACCUGGGUCUCUGGAGACCUCUGACAGAGCCGGUGGACCCCCUGUCACCAUGGCAACCGGCACUCUGGAGACCUUUGAUGUAACCAGUGGACCCCCUGUCACCAUGGCAACCAGCUCUCUGGAGACCUUUGAUGUAACUGGUGGACCCCCUGUCACCAUGGCAACAGGCUCUCUGGAGACCUUUGAUGUAACCAGUAGACCCCCUGUCACCAUGGCAACCAGCUCUCUGGAGACCUUUGAUGUAACUGGUGGACCCCCUGUCACCAUGGCAACUGGCACUUUGGAGACCUUUGAUGUAACCAGUAGACCCCCUGUCACCAUGGCAACCAGCUCUCUGGAGCCCUCUGACGGAACCAGUGGACUCCCUGGCACCGUGGCAACCGGCUCUCCGAGGAUCCCCAAGGGGACCCAUAGCUCCCCCAUUUCCACGGUAAAAAUACUCGCUGUGACUACGUCAGCGUCCCUCAAAGACACAAGCAGUACCCAACUUUCAGAUCAGGGGACAAAGGGCACCCUGCUGGUGGCUGUGCUUGUGGCCCUGGGGAUAGUCCUUCUCCUGGCCCUAAUCCUGCUGUGGCACCAGCGGCAGAAGAGGAGGACGGGAGCCCUGACGCUAAGUGGGGGUGGCAAGCGCAACGGGGUGGUGGAUGCCUGGGCUGGGCCGGCCCCGGUGCCCGACGAGGAGGCCCUGAUGGUGGGCCCCUCAGGAGGCUCUGGGGGCGAGAAGGGCCCUGGAGCAUCUGUGGGGGACGGGGCUGGCCGGCAGCCCACCCUCACCACGUUCUUCGACAGGCGCAAGUCUCAGCAGGGCUGCCUGGAGCUGGGGGAGCUGAAGGCCAGCUCAGCCCCGCGCCUGCAGGGGGAGGAGGAGCCGCUGGUGGGCAGCAAGGAUGAUGAGGCUGCAGAGUGCCAGGGAGCCGGGGAGGCCGAGGCCCCUCAGUGCUUGUGAGGACCGAGAGCGGAGGCCAGUUCCCACCUUCCAUCUUCUUCCAAUCAUCUUGUCACCAGCAUGUUCAUCUGAACCCCAUCCAGCUUCUGAACCGUGGGAGUCUUCCUGCCAGCGCCCACCUCGGGAGCCCAGGGCCCUAUACCCACGGGACACUUCCAGACUGAAUCCAUCACCCUUCCUCAUCCACUCUGACUUCUCCCCACCGCCCUCCCCAUGUUUAGUCCUGCUGAGUCUCCACGGUAAUGAACUUCUGAGAUCAAUGAUUUCUCGGAGGACUCCCCAGGGACCCCAGAGUGUAGGGAGGAGGGUGGAAGCAAACUCCCACCUCGGAUCACUCUGAAAAGUACUUUUUGGCCCCAUAGAUUAGGACAGUCCUGCUGGGUCAGGCCAGGACCCUCCUUUAACUGCGUGCUCUGUGGGGGGGGGGGGGCCUGGAGUCACCCAGCUGUGCUCCCAGGUGUGCCCUUGGCUCACGAUGCCACCCUCCCUCCACCUGCGGACGGAGGCGGCCAGAGACGGCCGCUGCUACUCCUCCCAAGGGCAAGGGUGAGAAGGGUUUCCGGGCAGGUCAAGUUCUAAGAAACCCCGGCGCCUGCUUGGGUCCAGGCAUGGGUGCAGUUGGUGUGCAAGAGGCCGGGCUGGCUCUAUGUGUGAAGUUGUGGGGGUGAGUACAGCGGCGUGAGGAGGGGUGGGGAGGAGCGCAGGACGGGCUGUCCGAGGGGCCACCCUGAGGAACCGCUAAGAACAUCGGGCCUCGUCUUUGCUCAGGUGGGGUGGAGGUAGCAGAUUUACUUGUCUGCAGCCCAAUAAAGACGGUGGGGCUGAGAGA